UCCUCCAGUAGGAAGGGCGCAUCCCGCAGAGCUAGCAGGCUAGCUGAACUCAACUCAACCAUGGCAGUUAACCUCAGCAAAAACGGCCCUGCAAUAACUGCAGCGUACAAAGAGGUGGUGGACGAAAAAUCCGACACAAACUGGGCUUUGUUCACCUAUGAGGGAAACAGCAACGACAUCCGCUUGGCAGAGAAGGGCGAUGGAGGACUGGAGGAGCUGGUUGAGGAGUUGAAUAGUGGAAAAGUGAUGUACGCUUUCUGCCGAGUGCAGGAUCCAAAUUCUGGUCUGCCGAAAUAUGUCCUUAUUAACUGGACGGGGGAAGGUGUCAAGGAUGCGAGAAAAGGAAUUUGUGCCAAUCAUGUGAGCUCCAUGGCCAAUUUUCUAAAGGGGGCUCAUGUUACGGUAAACGCCCGAGCAGAGGAGGACGUGGAGCCUGAGGUGAUCAUGCAGAAGGUGGCCAAAGCUUCAGGAGCCAACUACAGUUUCCACAAAGAAUCUUCCAGUCGCUUCCAGGAUAGUGGCCCUCAGGGUCCAGUGGGGUCAGUUUACCAGAAGACAAAUGCAAUGUCUGAAAUCAGGAAGACCAACAAGGACACAUUCUGGGCACAGGCAGAGAAAGAAGAGGAGCGGCGUCGUGUGGAGGAGCGACGCAAGGCUGACGAGGAGCGGCAGCAUCUGGAGAAGGAAAGGAAAGACAGAGAAGCCAAAGAAGCAGCACUGAGGGAUAAAAGGGACAAAGAGAGAGCCAAGGAAAUCGAUGAGCAGAAGAGGUACCAGCAGCAGCAGGAGGCGCUGAGAAAAGAGGAGAAACAUCAGCGGGAGGAGCAGGAGGACAGAGACGCAGUUCGGACGAAGGCAGUCAGGCGGGGUGAAUCUGUGGAAAAGGCCAACGAGGCAGCUUCCCUCAUCUCCCAGAGAACCGUGAACCCCAGAGAGAUGUUCAAGCAGAGGGAGAGGGGCAUCACUCCCAGUGACUCCGAUGUUCCAGCAGCAGCUCCUUCCAGCCCUCAGCCAGGGCGCCUGCAAAGCCCUUUUCUGUCUAAGCCAGUGUAUGAGUCAGAACCAGCCAGCUCACCUCAGCGCCAAGUCUCUCCUGAGCCAGCGCGCUCCGCCUCUCCUGUGCGUGCCUCAGAGCCAGAUGUGGAUGAUGGACAGUCCAGGUGUGAGUAUGAUGAGCAGGAAGUGGCUCCAGAGGAGACAAGGAAAGGUGAGGGUCGUCUUAAAAACUCCCAUACACCCACCCUGCUUUCAUUCGUUGGCCUCUCUGUCACUUGUUUGUCACUGCGGGAUCCGUUGCUGCCUCCUGCUGGUUGUUCUUUCUCACGCACGUUUCGUUUUGCAGCUGACCACGCUGAUGUCCAGGAGGUGGUCUAUGAUGAGCCCGAGCCUCAGGUGGAGGAUAAUAAUCUUUAUGAGGUCCCCAGUGAAGAGACGUCGGAGAGAGGCAUCUGUGCCAGGGCGUUGUACGACUACCAGGCUGCGGACGACACAGAGAUCUCCUUCGACCCCGACGAGAUAAUCACAGGGAUCGAGAUGAUCGACGAGGGCUGGUGGCGAGGCUACGGUCCAGACGGCCAUUUUGGAAUGUUCCCAGCCAACUACGUGGAGCUCAUCUAGGCCAGCUCUGCUCCGGGUCCGAGCGGCUCUCUGCAGGAAACAGACGCAGCUACGAACCUCCUCACGACUGUGCCGCUGAGGAGAAACAACGGCAACAAGCCUCUUCGCUGUGGACGGUUUCAUCAAAAGUCUAUUUUUAGUUUGGAAAAUGAUCAAAGCAGGAUGUUGUUUUGGUUUUGUGAAAAUUCCUCCUCAUUUCCUGGUUCUAUUCACGAUGAUGAUGUAUUAGGGUCACUGUGAGUUACGUUUCACCCGCUCAAACAUAUAAGGUGCUGGAGUAUAACUAAAGUCCCUCAGGUAGUAUUAUGGAAAAAAAAUAAUAGUACAUAUUUUUUUGCCGUUUUCAUGAAACAAAUAUAUGUAUAUAUAUAUAAAAACUGUGACUCGUAUUGGCAGUACCAUAAACCCUGGAAUAGACUGACUGGAGCUGCUGGAGAGCGACUCUGCUGUGACCCUAACUCACCACCGUACUUCACCUAUAAAUGUGAUGCAGUCGAGUUGAGUCAGUCUUGAGUUGUGUGCAUUACUGGUAUCCCCCACCACAGUGUAUGUACUCCUCCACCGGGCGUCAAUCAUGGUAGCAAUGAUUUCUUUUCCAAGAGGAUGAGACCUCAAAGACAAGCGACACCAGUGUGACUCUUUGCCUUCUUUUUGCCUUAUAGCUAGACUGAAUGCUCCUAUUCCUUUGGUGACCAAACCUUUUCUCCAGUGUGACUUUCUGAUCUGCCUGGUUGAUGUGAUUCUUUGGUGACUCUGGAAAGUGAUAGAGAACUGUGCAUUGUUUUUUUUUUUUUUUUUUGGUUUUAGCAUUUCUUGACUCAUCGGAACCAAACCAUUUCAACUUUAUUCUUGUUUGAUAUCUCGCUGGUCUGAGGUUGUGUUGAAGCUUAAAUUAAUGUGUGGUGCCAUUACGUGUGCUUUCCCUCCUGCAGGCGCUAGGUGACAUUCCAGUUUGACUAUUAUGACGGUUCAUUAAAAAAAACAACUUGCUUCGCAAACAUUUCAACUCAGUUUGGGGCUGAACUGAGGAUUAGAACCAUGCAACAUUUCUUAAUGCCGAGUUUAUUGUACCACACCGACAUUCCUCAUCAUGAAAUAAAGAAACAAGCUUUGUUUGUA